AUGCUCUGGGAUCGCAAGAAAGACGAGCCUGUUGACGACACUGUGGAGCAGUCACUUCGACGGCGGAGGUUGAAUCCAGAAUUGCAGAGGCUAAUCAAUCAGGAAGAAGAGUUUCUUGAUCAGCUCUAUGAAGGCCGCUCCGCAGAUUCCAUCGAUACAUCUUAUCGGUACGCCGCCUAUGCCACACGCAUCAAGACCCUCCUUCUUUCUGCCCACCGUUAUGUCGCAUACACUUCCGACAUUGGCGAGUCCUUUCGGCCUGUAGCGCAUCCGUGGCUUGUGCGAAGUGCUUACGGCGUUUCUUGGGCUUAUAUCCUCGGCGACGUCGCCAACGAAGGAUACAAGGCAUAUGUGCGGAACCGCCGUUUACUCGCGCCCCAAGACGAUGCGUAUCGUAGUGCCGUAGCUAAGGGCGCCAGCUCGGAUGUAGAUACGCAUGUGAUUGCAAAGGAAGGCCUGCGGCAACAUCAGCAAUCAUUGAAAUCUAACGAAUCUACCGCUAACCGUCACCCGAUGCCCUGGCAUGAUCCGGAAGCCGACACGUUGACACCAUGGCCGACAAGGAAAAUUCCAUUGAGUGAAGAUUAUAGGUCAAUUAUGGCUGAGAGAGCCGUAUUCCAAGCUCUUGCUAGUAUGGGUUUACCGGCACUUACCAUCCAUUCGGUCGUGAAAUACUCCGGAAGGGCAUUGAAGGGGGCUAAAGGUGCAUUUUUGAGAACCUGGGCACCUAUCGGGGUAAGCUUUGUAGCCCUAUGGCGAACCCACAAUUGCUCUUUGAUACAGUUUAGAAUCUCACCUAUUGGUAGCUCGGCUUAUCCAUUGUCCCUUUCCUACCAUACGUUUUCGAUAAGCCAGUUGAAGAAGCAGUUUCAUGGACUUUCAGAAAAGGCUUUCUUGUACUUGAAGGCCCUCAUGCAGUUCCCAAAAGUGAAAUAG